AAUUUAUUUUCAAAGUCCGUCAGAUCCGGUCUUUCUAAAUUGAUGUAGUUGGUGGAUCAGCGAGGGACUCGAUCCGUCGGACCGAGCCUGACGGAUUUUUCGCUUUGACGGAUUGGGUCGUCAGAACAUCGCACACGAUGGGACUUUUCAGAGGAUUUAGUCCGCCAGUGACCAAAUCCGUCAAAACAUCCGCCCGCGCACGGUUACCUAUCGGAUAUCCGGGUCCGCAUUACGGCGGCGUCCGCAUCGUUGGCGCGCGUUACGCGCGCAACAAUUUUCGCCCGGACCGUGCGCCUCGUAUACGUAUCCCGCGUAACGGUUUGAACGUCGACACGUCAUUUUCGCUUGCCGGCCCGCGCGCGUAUUAAGUUCAACCGUGCGCGUCGGGGCGAAUAAAAACGGGCACGGGUCGUGGUGGGCGAUUCCGUCGGCCGUCCGCGAAAACGUUCGACCAGUUUACAAAAAAAAAAAAACCGAAAUCGAAAACCGCUAGUGCCGCCUAAAAUUUCGCCGCGUUUCCUACGUUUCCCCACCACCGAUUUUUCCCGGGAGUUCAAUGGAAACUACUUUGAAAUUACCUACCGCCUAGGUCCGAAACGUAACGGGCGAAAAAAGCGUCUCGAGGUUUUUUUUUUUUGGUACAAACCGUUUCGAGAAAGAGAGGAAAAAUAGAAAAUUACCCGCGACGGCGAACCGACAGAUCAAUCGCCGCGCGCCUCGACCACCUAAUUUACGUUUUCUCUUAUCUGUUAAGACGAGUGGAAGUGGAAGUGCCGUUGUUCGCCGUACCGGAUUUAUGGUGUUUAUCGUGAAACGUAGACACCAGGUAGGUUAGCUAGGUCACGGUGCUGCUGUCGGCAAUCCGUGCGACGCCCGAUUCGUAAGCGUUUUUCCCGUGUGGCGUUUAUCGUUAACGAGCGCGUGCAGCGUACUGCCGACGCGACUGGGGAACCGCGUUUAACCGUUCCGCACUCCGGUUACUUGUUCCGUUUGUUGUUCGGCCGGCCGCUGCAGCGCCGUUGGCAACAAGUUGUUUUCGAUUUCUACGUCCGGACGCCCGUUGAUAAAUGAACGGUAAUGAUAACAAUAAUUGUUGAUCGAUACGAUCCCGAAAACUGCGCUGCGUUCACACACUCACCGACUACGACGUGAGCGGCGCCAUGAGCUAUUCCAGUCGAAUUUUCCAAUCCCCGGAGUACGUCAGCUUCAGGUGUAACGUUCCGUUAAAGCAAAUCGUAUUGGACGAAACCGGCACCAACAAGGUGGGCGUUUUUAAUUUCACCGUAAUAAGCGUGUUUGUUUCUGCGGCGCGGGUUUUGAACGACCCGGUUUCUACAGGAUUAUCCGUUUCGCGCUCGGGUAUCCUCUUGCGGCUUGUUGCGUGUCACCGAAUCGUUUCGUUUAGCGUCCGGUUGACAUCGGUCUUUUAAAACUGUCGCCGGUUUAUGCAGCCCUGUGGCUGCCAAAAACGUGCAAAGCUAUUUAUCAAUUAUUCGCAAUAAACGAUUAAAACGGCUUCGUACAGUCCGUACCAGCGCGUUGUUCAAAACCGUAAUGUUGAAACGCAUAAUUUACCGUAGUGUAUCGACUUCACAAUGCCGCGGGACAUUGUAUAAUAACUGAUAUCGUUAAAAUUUGGUUCUAGGGAUGGCGAGUGUACGACACCGGUCCCCGAUCGGUCGAGACUCCCCUGGUGUUCUUGCACCCGGUCAGCGGUCGAGCCGAAGUAUUUUUUAAACAGCUGCUAACCCUCAGUUCAAAAGGCUAUCGAGUAAUAUCGGUUGGUUUUUUUUUUUUUUUUUUUUUUUUCAAAGGUUAUUACAGUCUGGUAAAAAUUAAAUUUAAACGUUAUAAUAGUAAAUAUUUGUUUAAUAUACAGGCCGAAAAUCCACCUUACUGGAGCGUGACAGAAUGGUGCGAAGGAUUCAUGCAACUAUUAGAUCAUAUGGACAUUAAACAAGUGCAUUUGUUUGGAGCAUCGUUAGGUAAUUGACUAAAUAAUAAACGUUAUAUAAAUGGUGUUUCAUAAAGAUUAAUUGUCAAUCUUUUAGUAUAAUCAAGUAUUAUCAAAUCCCUAUUACUCAUACUGUAUAUAAAUAAUGUUAAUAUUGUAAUUUGUACUUUUAAUUAACUAUAGUUGAUUCUUUAAAUAGUAACUGAGAUAAUAAUAAGUAUGCGCUCACCUAUACCUAAUUAUAUAUGUAUGUAAAUAUAUAUAUAUAUAUAUAAAAACAUAAUUUUUAACACUCAUUGAUACACUAGAAGAAAAAAAAAAAAUUAAUCAUAUUUGUAAUCUCAUUAUUUAAGACUUAUUUUUCUUUAGGUUUGCAUACCCAUAUAAUUAAGUGUUAAAAUAAUAAAGUUAAUUAUAACAUAAUUGAUACUUUACCGUAGUGUGAGUGACGCCAUUUGAAAAUGAUUUAUAAUUUAAAGGUAAUGUAAAUUGUGUGUACUUAAAACAAUAGUAUGAAAUAACUUACUAAGGUCACUUAGUUUUACUAUGGCCAAUAUUACAAAAAUAUGUGUUGAUACAUCGUAUUAUAUUUUGUUGACAUAAUUAAAAAUAUAGUAUUAUAUUGCUUAUAAAUAAAUACCAUAGACAGCAUAAUUUUUAGUGUGUUGCCAUUAAUGAAUUAUAUAAAUUAAAAUAUUCCAUUGUAAAAAAGUAUAGUUGAUAUUAUUUUUAGCAUAAGAAAUAAACAGAGGUAAUUUAACAACAUGUUUUUAAUUUCAAUUAUCACCGGAUUCCUAGAAAAAAAGGGGGUUUAUUUCUCCCAGCCCAAUAUUGAAAAUUGUUGAAAUAACAUUAAUGUUACUACUAUUACUUACUAUGAAUUUAUUAUUUUAUAACAAUAUAUUAUGUAUAUUUAAUUUAAGAUCGCCAAAUUUAAGUGGAAAACUGGUGGAAAAUUUGUUAAUUAAUAAUUAAACAUUGUAUUCAUAUUUCAAAUACAAUAGUUUUAAACAAAACUCAAUAUAAUAUCUUAGUAAAAUUUUAAAAUUGACUUUUUAAAAACUGGUGUACUUCUAAAUAACACCGUUUUAGGUAUAUUCAAUAGUAUUGAUUUUUUAUUUUUUUUUGAUAUGUUCAAAAAAAAAGAAUUUGAAAAUAAACAAUUAACUCGCUAAAGUACCAACUGUGUGUUAAAAUCUAUUAAAUAUGAAGGAUAAAAUUUAUUGAGUAUUAGUACUAAAUUAAAAUACCUACUAGAAAAGUUUUUAUUGAAGAUACAUUUAAAGUACAUAAUUUUUGAAUAAUUUCAUUAUUUAAGUUUGUGCUCGAUAUAUUUUUAAAAAAUAUUUUUUUUUUUACCAAUCGACUUAAAUAAACUAUUUAAAAUUAAUACCUAAUUGAAAUAAACAGUAAUUAUUUUUAAUAUUUAUUUUUCUUACCUUAGCCAGAAUAUAAGAAAUUUUCUGGAAUCUAUGCUGUUGUUCUCAUCAGAUUUCAUUAUAAUGAUUUUUUGUUUUUUUUUGUCUGGUACAAAUAAUAGUUAUUUCCCAAAUUGCGAGAAGUUCAUAUUCUGUAAAAUAAAAGUAAUUCCCAAUUUUGUGCAGAUAGCUACUAAAUAGAUAAGCAUAGAGACUGUUUGUCAUUGUUAACGAGAUUAAAAUGACAAGUCUUUGGGUGUAAAACCUAAUCUUUAAAAACAAAUUACAGUCUCUAGGUAUUAUAUGACUUUAUUAUAAUAUAACUAGAAUGAUACUUUUCUGUUAUCCAAGACUACUAAAAUUUGCCACUUUCCUAUUAUUACAGACUGCGUUAUUAUUUUUUUAAAUCAUAUGUACCUAGUAUUUUAAUAUGUAAUAUGUUAAUAUAAAUGUUUAAAAGUUAAAUUGAAUGACAAAUGGAAUUCAUUCAAAAAUUAAGUUUUUUUUUUUUUGCUAAAUAUGAAUUAUUGGUAAUUAAUUAAUUGUAAUUGUAAAUAAUUUAAUUGUAAUUAAUUGUAAAGGUAAUUGGUAAUCUAUUGCAGGAAAUUGGAUUUUCAUUGAAGUACCCUAGUAUUCUUUGUUCUUUUAGGUGGUUUUUUGGCACAAAAAUUUGUUGAAUUCUCUACAAUCGUGCAUCAACCUAGAGUGAUAUCACUAUUCCUUUGCAAUUCAUUUACUGACACUUCAAUAUUCAAAUACAAGGAUGCCGCUGUUUUGUAAGUUGAUUGAUACCUUUAUGUAAACAAUAUAUUUUACCCAAUGAAUGAAUGAAACUAUUAGGUACUUUUAUUUAUUUUUAUUUUUAAUACAUUUGAUUAUACAUUUCUAUACUAUUUUAUUUUAAAGCCAGAUUUUCAAAUAUUAUUUCUCUAUAUACACUAAUCUAUUAAUUUAACUAUACUAUUAUUAUUGAAGUUGUUUAACUAUGCAGGUUUUGGAUUUUACCAGCUAUGGUACUCAGGAAAAUGGUUUUGUCAAAUUUUGCGUCUAGAGAAACCUUUUACGAUACACAAAUAAUGGAUUCAAUUGAUUUUAUGGUUGAACUAGUAAUUAACUUAUUAAUAGUUUAUUCAUUGUAAUAAUACUAUUUAUGAAACAAUAAUUUUAUGCUUUCCGGCUUAGAUUGAAUCGUUAUCACAAGCAGACCUUGCUUCUCGUUUGACCAUAAACUGCUUAAACAGCCGCGUCAAUAAAUCACUUAUGAGGGGCCUUAAAAGUGUCACUCUUAUGGACGUAUUUGAUGAUUAUGCCUUGGGUUCACCCAUCAAAGAAAAUAUCUACAAAGAGUAUCCUGAUGCCAAACUUGCCCAAUUAAAAUCUGGUGGAAAUUUCCCAUAUCUCAGUCGUAGUGAUGAAGUGAAUUUGCACUUGCAGGUAAAUUUAGCUGUUCAUUUUAAUAGACAUAGUAAAUACUAAAUAUAAUUAUUUGUCUUUCCAAUUUCAGAUUCAUUUGAGAAAAUUCAACGGCACCCCUUACAGUGCAAAUGAUAACAUUCCCAUUACAGAAUAAUAUUAAAUCACAAGAAAUACAAAUUUGCUCAAAUCUUAAGCAUUAGUAUUGCUAAUAGUUCAUAAUAUAUGUGUGCCGUGAAACAGGAGAUUAAGUUUUAAUACUUACAAAAUCCCUGUAUAAUUAUUGAUAAUACUGUGUUAUGUAAUAUUUUUUGUUAUUAUAUUUUAAUUUUAAAGUCAAAUUACUAUUAUAAUGAAAUUGUGUGUGCUUGUACAAAUAGUGAAUACCAUAUAAUAUUUGUUGUACUUUAAUUUUUUAAUGUUCCUCGUCUAUAUAUCUUGAUGAAUGUUUACUCUGAGCCUAGAUAAACUGUUUAAACACAUCAUAAGCUUCAUUUGAUGUUGACAUAAUUGUCUUGGUUAAAAUACGCGUUGGAAGGGAACAAGCAUUUUACCAAUAUGAAUAACUAUGAAAAUCAAAUUAUAUAAUUAUUUAUGCAAAUAAUAUUUUAAAUUUAUUUUAAUUGCAUUAAAUAAACUAUUUUAACGAUAUUUGAUAUGUUAUUUUUGAAAUGAUUUAUAGUUUAAUAUUUGUUUUUAAUUUAUAUAUAUAAUUAUUAUUUUUAAAUUGUUUUUUUUUUUUUUACAACUGCAUUCUUAAAUUAAGGUGGUGGUAUAUUUAUACCUUAUAUAAUCGUUGUUUGUUUUUUUUUAGAAACUAAUUUACAGUGUAUACUUUUUAAUGAUAAUAAAUGAUUUUUUAACUUAACUGUUUUCUUUAAAAAUUUAAAUGUAGUAAUAAUUUAUUUUCAGUCAGUAGCUACACGAACAAAUGAAAUAAAGUUACAGUAGCAAUAGACUACGUGCUAGAAGGAAGAAAGACAAAAAAUGUUAAAUGGACACAAUACAGCUAAAUCCAGAGGUUUGAAGUAAUAGAAUGAGAGGAAAGAUCCAAGAACAUGAUUAUUAGAAGAUGGCCAC